GCCAACCUCCCGUAGCAUCCGCCAGGAAGCUGCUUCAGCCGGGACUGCGAAGCCGCUAAUCGGAUUUUCUGCUCGCGUUCCCGGGGUCCGCAGCCAGGGAUGCAACCCGAGCUGGGCAAACCGGCGGGGGCGGCACCAGUCACCAGCUUUGUCCAGGUUCCCGUGGUUUCAAAUCAGAAUUGUUCAAACUCCUGGCAGUCCUGAACACUUCAUCUUGGUUUACUGUUUUUCUACUUUGACUAUAUCAUGGAAAAUCAAUUGGCAAAAUCAAUUGAAGAACGGACAUUUCAGUAUCAGGAUUCUCUUCCGCCAUUGCCUGUCCCUUCACUUGAAGAAUCGUUAAAAAAAUACCUUGAAUCAGUAAAGCCAUUUGCAAAUGAAGAAGAAUAUAAGAAAACUGAAGAAAUAGUUCAAAAGUUUCAAAAUGGAGUUGGUGAGAAAUUGCAUCAGAAAUUGCUUGAAAGGGCUAAAGGAAAAAGAAACUGGCUGGAGGAGUGGUGGCUCAAUGUCGCCUACCUGGACGUGCGCGUGCCGUCACAGCUCAACGUGAACUUCGUGGGGCCUUCCCCGCACUUCGAGCACUACUGGCCCGCCAGGGAAGGCACGCAGUUAGAAAGGGGAAGUGUGAUUCUGUGGCACAACUUGAACUACUGGCAGCUGCUAAGAAGCGAGAAAUUGCCUGUACACAAAUCUGGAAAUACUCCUCUAGACAUGAACCAGUUCCGAAUGUUGUUUUCUACCUGCAAGAUUCCAGGAGUUGCUAGAGAUUCAAUUAUGAACUACUUUAGGACUGAGAGUGAAGGCCACUGUCCCACCCACAUUGCUGUGCUGUGUCGAGGCAGAGCUUUUGUCUUUGACGUGCUGCACGAAGGAAGUUUGAUCACUCCACCAGAGCUCCUCAGACAACUGACAUAUAUCCACAAGAAGUGCUGUAGUGAGCCUGCGGGACCCGGCAUAGCAGCAUUAACCAGUGAGGAGCGAACGCGAUGGGCAAAGGCUAGAGAAUAUCUGAUUGGUCUUGAUCCAAAGAACUUGACUUUAUUAGAAAAAAUUCAAACGAGUUUAUUUGUGUAUUCCAUAGAAGACACCAGUCCACAUGUAACUCCAGAAGAUUUUUCUCAGGUCUUCGAAAUGCUUCUUGCUGGAGAUCCAGCAGUACGCUGGGGUGACAAGUCCUAUAAUUUGAUUUCCUUUGCUAAUGGAGUAUUUGGCUGUUGUUGUGAUCAUGCUCCUUACGAUGCAAUGGUUAUGGUGAAUAUUGCCCAUUAUGUUGAUGAGAGAGUCUUAGAGACGGAAGGAAGAUGGAAGGGUUCAGAAAAAGUCCGGGAAAUACCACUUCCUGAGGAGCUGGCUUUCACUGUGGAUGAGAAAAUACUAAGUGACAUCUACCAAGCCAAAGCCCAGCACCUCAAAGGGGCGUCGGAUCUCCAGAUCACAGCACGUGCUUUUACAGCUUUUGGCAAAAAGCUCACCAAGAAGGAGGCCCUACAUCCUGACACCUUUAUUCAGCUCGCACUUCAGCUCGCCUACUACAGACUUCACGGACGCCCUGGUUGCUGCUAUGAAACAGCUAUGACAAGAUACUUUUACCAUGGCCGAACAGAGACCGUACGCUCCUGUACAGUGGAGGCCGUCAGGUGGUGCCAGUCCAUGCAGGAUCCCUCUACCAGUCUUCUUGAACGGCAGCAAAAGAUGUUACAAGCUUUUGCAAAGCAUAAUAAGAUGAUGAAAGAUUGUUCAAAUGGAAAAGGAUUUGACCGUCACCUUCUAGGUCUUUUGCUUGUAGCAAAAGAGGAAGGCCUCCCUGUUCCAGAGCUAUUUGAGGAUCCUCUUUUCUCCAGAAGUGGAGGAGGCGGGAACUUUGUUCUCUCCACCAGUCUGGUUGGUUACUUACGAAUCCAGGGAGUCGUGGUUCCCAUGGUACACGAUGGGUACGGGUUUUUCUACCACAUCCGAGACGACAGGUUUGUGAUGGCAUGUUCGGCCUGGAGGUCAUGUCCGGAGACUGAUUCAGAAAAGCUAGUUCAGAUGAUUUUUCAUGCUUUCCACGAUAUGAUACAGCUGAUGAACACCGCUCAUCUUUAGAGACUCAGAGACAGACACAGAUGAACUUGGUACAGAGAGCAGAUGGAGGAAUGACCUGGAAGGAAUGUUCACUUAAAGGAGACUUGUUAAGUGUGGUGAUUAGUAGAGUCUUGCUCUCUAGAUUUAUUCUACCUUAGAAGGUGGAAACAUCUUAAAACUUCUGGUGUUGCAGCAGCAAUGUGAAGUCAGACAUAGUGAAUACAGAAUGUCUGUGCAAUAUCUAAUAGAAGCCUCAACAAUGCAAUCUCACUAUUGUAACAAUGCAAAUCCUACCCUAACUUUAAAAUACCCUUCUUGGCACAUGUAUAGACUGCAAGUCCUCUGUGAACAUAAUUGUAGACUACUUUUCAAGCACUUUUAAUAUUUUCUAAUUGCCAGAGGUUAUAUAAAGCACAUGGUUAGAUGCUAAUUUCCUUGAAGUCAGUGCCUUUCACACCCAGUACAGGGAUACAAGCCUUUUGGAUUUCAUGGGAAAACCACUACAGUUCAAUAGUGAUCUCAGAAAGCUCCUUUGAACAGACAAAAGAAUCAAGUUGUAUUAGAAGUAUUUACAUUAAUACAGAAAAAAAAUCCCAGCAAAACUCAUAUGGUACAUUGUAAUUCAUUCUGUGAAUACAAAAUUAAGGCACUUCCAUUUAAACCUAAUUAUUAGAGGUAGUGACUUUGAAAGGGUUAAAUGUUGAAUAUUAUUCUCAGGACUUUACAGUUGUUUCCCAUUGAUAUUCAAUUGUGUGGUUUAUAUUUUCAAAGAAUAAAGUAUCCAGAAUCAUA